CCGCCAUGUGAUCCACUACUGGGUUUAAAAGCUUAAGGCCCACAGAGAAGGACACAGUAUACAAUUCCCCAUUGAGACCCAUCAGAAGCACACAUCGCACUAUCUGGGUGCUGCAUCCUAAACCAUGUCGGGCACAGAAGAUGCGACAAAUGAAGGACAGCGAGAGGAAGAUAUUGUUGACACUGGAGAAGACAAUGACGGAGAUGACACAAAGCCCAAGCAAAAGUCUGGUUUCAUGGCUGGCUUGGCAGCUCCCAAGAUCCCAGAUGGUGAAAGAGUGGACUUUGAUGAUAUUCAUAGGAAACGAAUGGAAAAGGACCUCAUAGAGCUCCAGAGUCUGAUUGAAGCUCAUUUUGAGAAGCGUAAGAAGGAGGAAGAAGAGCUUCUUAACCUCACAGACCGCAUUGAGAAACGCAGGUCUGAGAGAGCAGAGCAGAUGAAGAUCAGAGCAGAGAGAGAAAGAGAACGGCAGAACAAACUAGCUGAAGAGAAAGCAAGAAAAGAAGAAGAAGAAGCCAAGAAGAAAGCAGAUGAUGAUGCAAGAAAGAAGAUGAUUCUGUCCAACCUCAGUUUCACUGGAUACAAGACACAGACUGGGGCAAAGAGACAAACAGAAAGAGAAAAGAAACGGAAGAUCCUUAAUGAUCGACGCAAGGAGCUGAACGUUGAUCACCUGAAAGAGGACAAACUCAGGGAUAAAGCGAAGGAGAUGUGGGAAUGGAUGCGCCAGCUAGAGGGAGAGAAAUUUGACCUUCAGUUUAAGUUCACAAAGCAGAAGUAUGAGAUCACCGUGCUGAGGAAUCGGGUCACUGACCAUCAGAAAAUUUCAAAGGGUACCCGGAGCAAGCGUGGCCUCAGGAAGUAGCAUCUGCCAUUGACUGGAGGAAAACUGGCAAGAUCAGGCCUCCAUGAAUUAUUGAGAGUAAUAUAAACUGCAUAAUAAUGCUUUCUAACUACUUGAAUAUGCAAGAACAAAAUGACGACAUUGAAAAUGACAUGCUCUUAAAAAAAAGUUAUCUGUGAAAAGUGCAUGCUGAGUUCACCUGCAGAGAUGUAGAUGUGUAAUAGUUUGUGGAAUCUGACUGAUCAGGCAAUGUGGUGCAACUGAUAUUUAUAUAACCUGGUGUAACCUGAAAGGACCUUUCAUUUUUUCAUUCAAAGCAAAAGUUUGGUCCUACCUUUCUGGAAGAGUCAAAGCAAUGUGGAGACUUAUUAAUUGGUUCUUGUGUGCAGGAUUUUGUGAUUGCAAUGAAUAAAAAAAAAUCACUUUCAGUAAAAAA